ACAUUACUCUUGGAGUUUCUACUAGUCAGCUGUAAAAAGUAUUAACGUGAAAGUAGAAGUAGGAGCAUAUUGAAUCUGUGGGUCGGUACUUCAAGUUUGCUAAAAUGACUGUGUGGUAAUCCGGUUGAGCUGGUGGCCUAAUCCCGCAAAACUCUGCAUGGGAUUAUUUGUGGGUGAGUCUCCGUGUGUGUUUUUCUUUGGGACGUGUCAGGUUUAACAGUUUGUGAUUUGACCCGUCUGGUUUUUGCUCGACUGUCUGGCUCCUUCUGCAGAUGGAUAUAGCCGUAUCAGAUAGAAGGUUUCACUUUUAUGUUAACAAGCUUCUACCCAUUGUAUAGCUUAAAAUGAUGUCCAAAACACACAGAUGUCUUAACUACAGCAGUUGGCAGGAGACUCGGGUAAACACGAAAAGCAACAAUCCUGUGCAGAAGAUCAGCAGAAAGGACUUUGCAACCUCAACAGUACCUGCGUGUGAUGGAGCUAAAGCGAGUGCCAGCAGUGCUUCUAAAGCCAGUGUGAUUUGCAGAAGGAGCAGCAGUCUCAGCAGUAGAGGAGACGACUCGACAGCCAGCGGCAGUAAAAUUAGUGGCAGUAGUGGCAUCCUCAGCUACCAAGGUGGCAUUGGUCCACAGGCUAAGAGACAAGCAUCCCACCCAGCCAGACCACCUCCACGCUGGCAUAGCAGCCGAAGCUUUUCAUCCCUCCAACCCACCUCUCUCCCUGUUGCUCCAUUUAAGAGAAGCAGCCACUCUCUCAGCAGACUUGACCAAAGACCUCCCGCUAAAGAUUCAGGUCGAGCAGGUGCAAGUUCACAAGCAAAAAAGGGACAAGCCAACGGCAGGAGGCUGUCAUCCUCUUUGGAGCAGAUCAGCUCCUCCCUGGUUUCUUCAAAUGUGUAUCAUCAUCACAACAACAAAGGAAAGAAAGAGACCAGAGAACCCUCUGGGAUAAAAGGCAGCUGGGUCCAAACAGUUUUGAAGAACGUGCGGUCAAGCUCUCUUUCAGAGCAGAAGGCAGAGCAGCUGAAAGAGCAGAUCAGAGCCGAGUGGACAGAAGAUUCACAUCAACUGCAGCAUGAGCAGACAACCAAAGAGCCAGGAGAGCAAAGCUCAGUCGCUUUAGACUCUCCAUACCCUCAUCUACAUCUUUCUAAUACUACCAAUACUCCAUACCUGGUGGAAGAGGAUAAAAGUGCUCAUCAUUCAGACCUCCUUAGUGGAAGCACUCAAACUGCUCCAGAUGUGACAGAUGCAUCCUGGGCUGAUGGAUAUCAAAGUGACAGCUCCGCUUCCACAGUAGUCCUGUUGUCAAAUGAUGAAAAUGUAGAGGAACAAUCAGACAAUGACAGUACAACUGAGCAGAAUCAGCAGCAAUCUGAAAUCGCAACGCAGACAGAGGAACAGCAGGAGUCCAAUAACACCCGUGAAUGCUCAAAGUACAAGGAAAAGCUCCCAAAUGAGCACCAGACUGUCCAACUCGUCAGAGAGUUGGAACAGAUACAGAAGGAGCUGUCCAGAGUUCAACAGCUAAACGGGAAUCUGCAGGAAGAGCUCCAACAAGAGAGAGAAAGUCAUUUGAAGAAGCUGCUUGUUCUACAGAACGGCACCAAUUCGUCUUCAGAACAACUGCAGAAAGUAAACCACAAACUCAGAAUGGAGCUGGAGGUGCUGGAGCGGAGUCUGGAGGAGGCCAAAGAAGCUGAGCUACGGCGAAGGGUAGACUUCCUAGCUCAACAAGCACAGUUGCUGGUUACAGGUGAUGCCACAGCACUUGCUCAACUUCAACUGAAGCAAGAUCGCCAGCUGUUUCAGGAGCAGCAGCUGGAGUGGGAGCGUUGUGUGGCCUCCUUAAAGUCCCAGCUGAACGUCAGCGAGGAGAAGAGGAGGGACACUGAGUCCCAUUUGACACAGAUCCAGCAGGAAUUACAGAGUCAACACAGUCUCCAACAGGAAGCCGAGCAGCUGCGGAAGAAUCUCCAAGAAAUGUCGGCUCAGCUUCGAACUUACGAGGACGCACAGGCUGAAAAGGAGGUUCGUCUGCAGAAGCACCUCAUGCUGCUUCAAGCGAGUCAAGAGAGAGAGCGAAGGAGCUUGGCUGCUAGCCUAGUUAAGGCUGAACAACACUCGCAAGACCUGCAGGACAAACUGGACAGGACCGAGGAGCAGUUGGAGGACUUUAACAGGAGUCAGGCAUUGACCAGAGAGAUUGAGGAGGCCCAACAACAGCUGCAGGAAGAGUUGGCGUGCACCGUAUCAGCCGUGCAGCAACUCCAGGAGGAAAGAGAGCAGCUCAACCAUCUCUGUCAUGAGCUGCAGAACCAGUUAUCAGAGACAGACAGCGAGACGAGCAGACUACAGGACCGCCUGAAUACAGAAGAAACCCACUAUUACAAUUUGGAGCACUCAUACGAGAGAGCUUGUGAAGAACUCCAGGUGGCGUUAGGCAAGGUGAAGCAAAGGGAGACUGAAACACAGGACAUACGAGAAGACUACGAGAGACUGCUCGACAGGAAGGAGCAAGAGCUCUGUGAAAUUUUGUUAAAGAUGGAAGUCUUAGGUAACAGCUUGGAAGAGACAGAAGGCAAACUGGGUGAAAUGAUGAAAGUUUGCACCUGUGCUCCUUCUCAGAUGGAGCCUGUUGAGCAGAAGGAGAGAAAACAGUUUCCUGUUGAACCGUUCACUGUAGACGAGAGCAGGACAAAUGCAGCAGACACUUCACAGUUGUCCCAUAGCUCAAACAUGACUCUGGUAAGUGGCGCUGAUCCUCAUGAAUAUAAAAGGCGGCGUUCUUGCUCAGUGGAUGCAUCAUGCCAGUACAUUGCCACAGUAGGAGAUGAUCCAGAAAAGUUCAUGUCUACAAUCCAGCUGCUGGAAACCAAGCUGUUUGCAACAGAGGAGAAACUGAGGGCUAUUACGCAGCGACUCGAGGAGCAGCAGAGCCACAUCAGCUGCCAGGAUCCCCACCUCUGUUCACAGCUCACACAAAGCCGAGCCACCUCCCAGCACCUCAGCCUCCUGCUGCACAGCCAGGCCAAGCAGAGCCAAUGCUUCGCCCAGGAGACAGAGAACCGCUGCAGGAUGUUGGUGGGCAGGUUUCAGCUAUCUCUGAACAUUGUGCGAGCCUGCAGAGAGAGGAUUCAAUCAACCGCCGUCAAUAUUCCCGACAUUGAGAGGCAGCUGGCCACUGUUGCUGCCUGCCUUCAGCAAGGGGAGAGAGAUGCAGAAAGAGUCCAGCAUGAGUCACAUAAUGCAAGCAAAGAAGAUGGAAAGAUCCUCAGCAAGAUGGAGUUAGAUGGAUCUGAGAGGGACGCUGCUCCUAAACCCACUAAUACACACUCCUUACGUGUGGUGCCAAGUGUCGAGAACUGUUUGCUCAGGGAACUGUUCAUAGUAGAAAAAAUGCUGUCUGUCCUUCAGACUCCAAGUAGUGUUUAUCAGAUAGAUACAGUUUCAAGAGAGGACGAAAGGGAUGUGGUGCAGCGUUACAAAAGCAUGAUCUCCCAAAGACUAGCCUUAAAAAUAGAGGAAAGGUUUGAGUCUGGGAGACUAGACUGUUGCACUCGUGAACCCUUAGAAAGCAUAAUUGGAAGAGUCUGUGCUGAAGCAGAGCUCAUUUAUGCUGGAUUAAAACUCCAGCAACAGCAUGAGAGCAGGAGCCACACGGACGGUCAAGAGGUGGGGAAUCAAAGGGAAGGUCGGGCUGAUAUAAGUCUCUCCGAAUUAGCUCAUGGUGGAGAGCAAAUGAAGGCAGGGAGCAGAGGUGCAGAUGAACCUGCAAAACUGGUUGAAAAAGAGCCAUCUGAAGGCAAAAAGAUAAAAGCAGAGAAAGAACAAAGCUGGUUAGGGAGACUUGUGUCUCAGCUGCAAAGAAGGGCUCAGUUCUUACGCCAAGUCUGCCAUGAAAUGACUGAAAAUGACGGACCGCUAAGUGAAGCUAGUCUGGACCUCGCUGGGGACGGUGCGUCUGUAGAUGACCUCAAUUGUAUUCAAGAACAAGUUAAGUUAAUUUAUUUGUCAGACAGGCUUUAUGUUGAUUUAGAGCAAGAGUUUCAGCAAAGUGAAGUAUUUCAGAGUAAACUUCAAGCUUUAUGCAAAGUGCAAGACACAAAGUUAACCGAUGAACAGGAAGAUUUAAAUCAUACCUUAUAUCAGCUUCAGGAGGACAACAGUGUGCUAAGAGAGGAACUAGAACAAGCCGAACAAAAGAUAAUAUCUGUAGAAACGGGGAACCAAAAACUCCUGGAAGACAUACAAAAAAUUGAGGAUUAUCACAAGGAACGGAUGCAAAAACUGGAGUCAGAGUUUCGAGAGAAGAUAGAGGAACUGCAGCAGAUCCACGAGGAGGAGAUGAAACACUUACACGGCUACUAUAUUAAGUCUGGUGUUUCAAGAGAGAAACAAGGCAAACCCUGCAUGGAAGCUACUUCUCCUCCACCAGAGCAGGCUGUCACAGUAGGAAAACCCCAAGAGGACGUCCAGAUAGGUAUGCUGGGAGCUGAUGCAUCUGCAAUGAGAGAGGCUUACCUGAAAGAUCUGGAAAAACUUCAGGUGAAGACUGCAUCCUGUGAUCAGGGGGUUUCUGCCAUGGAGGAAAUGCACAGGAAGCUGAUAGGAGACCUGCAACAGCAGCAUCAGAAGCAGGUAGCUGAACUUCUGAAAGAGAAAGACCAGCUCCUGCAAGAGGAGACAGCUGCCACCCUGGCUGCCAUUGUAGCAAUGAGAAGAGCACAUAAACAGGAACUGGAGAGAAGCAGACAAACCCGGCUCAUCAAGGACAGUGGUGACCUCACAGAACUCCACAUAGAGUAUGAGAAGGAGAUUCGAUUAUUGCACCGAGAGCUCGAGGCACUGUCGGCUCAGCACACUGAGAAAUGUCUGGAAAACUCUCAGCUCAGCCAGGAGCUGCAGGACGGGAGGAAAUCAGUGAUGCAGUACCAGAAAGAAAACCAGGAGCUCAGAAAGAAGCAGACGAAGGCAGAUGAGAUGUCUCAGCUUCAUGAGAAACAGUCACAUGCUGCUCCUCAGCUGAACAACCCGUACCAGAUGGAAGACAAAUUUUUAUUGGAGAAAAAGCAGAAGACAUUUGGCGCUAACAACCACAACGAAGCCCACCAGCAAGGAAACAAAGAUUCAAAGUUCGCCACCUGGUCCACUAACAGGGACACUUCUGCACACAAUGUCGAUGAUUCCGUAAAAUCGAAGAGUAACCCUGCUUUUCCAAAGAAAACAGACAGAUCUUUCUUCAUGCGUCAAAUACGAGGAAUUAGAUCGAAGAGCUUAAAAGAUGGCCUUUCUCUCCAAGAAAAAAUGAAGUUGUUUGAGUCGUUUUGAUUCAAAGAAGAUGAAUUGUUGGUAUCUAUAAAACUUCUGCUGCUUCAGAUCAGUUGAAGACAUUUAAUUAUGUAUAUUGACACCAUAUUUUGUUAUUUGCCUGCGCACUAUUAUGUUUAACUUUUUACUGUAUAAAAAAACGUGUUGGGUGUUUGGAGCAGAACUGUCACGACUUCAAAGCAUCAGAUCGCCACUAGAGGGCGCAAAAAACACAUGAUGGUCUAGUCCGAUUAUGUUAUUGUUUACAGUUGAAUAGUUUGUGCAGGGAUUUUGU